GCACACACCAAGUGAGAUGGUGUGAAUCAGGAAAUAAAAUCGCCAUGGCAAGUGGAGAAAAAGAUGUAUAUAUGCAUGGGCCAGACAGGGAAGAAAGAGGAGAUAAGCAACUUGAUAGAUAUCCACUAACUCCAGACAAAGUUCUUUACCCCUAGAUUCCUCACAAAGGCCUUCCACAAGCCUCAAUUAUUACUCUCCAAAAAAAUUCCAUGCUCCUCCUACCUCGUCCUCCUUUAUAAAGCAAACUGCGAACUGCCUCUGAUGCACCAUCCAUAAGUUGCAACCUAAAGCAAGAACAAAGUUGCAGUCUUGCGGACCUAGAGCAGCAGCCCAAGAAAACGCUUGCAAGACAGCAGCAGAUGGAGCGAGGAGACGAGGCUUCGUCAGUGAACAAGGAGAGCCCAGAGCAGCAGCUUACCAGCGAGCAGGACGACGACGGCGCGACAUGGCUGAACCUCACGCUGGGCGCGAGCGAGUCGCCUGAACCGGCAACAGCGCCGGCGAGCUCCCCCGGGUCCAAGCCCGCCGCCGCCGCCGCCAAGCCGUCCGCGACGCCGCCGCACAAGGUGUUCUCCUGCAACUUCUGCCUGCGCAAGUUCUUCAGCUCGCAGGCGCUGGGCGGCCACCAGAACGCGCACAAGCGGGAGCGCAGCGCCGCCAAGCGCUCCUACCACGCGCAGCGGAUGAUCGUGGGGCUGCCGCUGCAGGCGCACGCCGCGCUCAUGCACUCCCUCAGGAUCAACCCGGCCUCGGCGGCGAUCCAGAAGGCGGCGCCGAUCAGGACGGCGGCGAGGUUCCUCGAGGACGGCGUGGCCUGGGGGACGAUCGCCUACGAGGAGGCGCCGAGCUCGGCGUGGCCGGGGAGCUUCAGACUGAGAACACAACAUUCAGAGCAUGAGCAAGCGUCAGAACAGAGUAAGAUUGACUUGAAUCUCAGCCUCUGAUAGGCUGAUCCGUGUAACUACUCUGACCAGUGCACGAGUUCAUCCGAUCCGAGUUCAUCUUCUGAAUAAACUAGUUUGGAGAUCUGAUCAGAGGAGAAACCGUAAUGGUGAUGCAGAGUUUUGGAGAUACUAUUGUUGUUUCAAAUGUUAGAAUUAUUCGAUGUGCUGCUGCUAUGAAGUAUUUCUGUAGCUGGAAACUGUAUUUAGUUCUAUUGACACCAGUGAGAAGAACUCAUGGAUUCUGCACUUCAUACUGACAGCAUGUCUAUCA